GGUAGUGAUAAAGGAUAACGUGAGGUAGUGGUGUAUAUAAUGUGUGCCGCGCCAUCAACUCUGAUUCUUUCUCUUACCAUAUUCGCUGAAGCAUCAAAAAUCAUGAAGUUGUUGUUGGUGGUGUUGGUAGGCCUUUGUGCUGCCUCUCUCGUCUCUGCCCAGAGUGAAACACCCUGCAAUGACUCCAUAUCCGCCCAGUGUCCACCUGUAGAUGGAGCGGAUCCGGUGUACCUUCCCGUGCCUGAAAACUGCAAGGACUACUGCGAGUGCUCUAAGGGCACCGCUUGGCUGUUCGAAUGUGGAACUGACACACUCUAUAAUAUUGAGAAAGAAACCUGCGACUGGGCUGUGAAUGUAGACUGUGGCGACCGCCCCAUUCCUCCUGCCCUUUCCAAGCGAUUCCUCUAGAGUACUACCGGCAGAGAAGUCUUUGUUGGGGAUAUAUUCGAAGAGCUGCCGAGGCCGUUGCCAUGACUAUCAAGGAAGUUAUAAUAAAGAUUAAAGUUUAGAAGUGAAGAACACCAGGGAAAUCACUUAAAUAUCUUGAGUGAUGAGUUGUUUAAUUCAAUUGAUUUACGUUUCGGAACAUCACUUAAUUACUCCAUCCUAAGAAAAGAGCCUCGCUGAGUUCUCCAGUUACAUAUGUAAAUUCAUAAUAAUGAAAUAUAGAACUGAUCAUUGUUCUAGAGACACAAACAAUAAUAGCAGUUAAUACAGAAUCGAUACAUAAAACAAGGGCUAUUUGAUUAAUUACCAUAAGUUUAAAAUAAUAAAUCAACAUAAGUGAAGAAAUUCAAGUGCUAAGAUAAGCACUUGAAUUUCUUCACUUUUGUGCAGAAACUGGACCAUUGUUCUUUAUCUUAUCCUCGGUUCUGUCUCCAAUACGCACUUUUGCCGAGUACUGGGUAUCUGCUGGUUCCAGAAGGUAUUUUUAGUAUCUGUACCUGCGCCAGUGUUGGUUAAGUCUGGUCUUAAAUACGCUCACACUCGGUGCCGUCACAACGUUCUUUGGCAGAUUGUUCCAACAGUUCACAAUUCUCUGUCCGAAAAAGUUUGCCCUGACAAGUUUUUGGAACGUGUGGCUUCUCCAAACUUAAGCUGCGACCUCUAGUCAGUGGUAUGGGCAUCCGCCAGCUCCAGACUUGGAGUCUUGGACACUCGAAUGACUCGACUAAGUUAUGUUUAAAAAAUAAAUAAAUAAAUAAGUGGAAAGGGGUGAAAAAUAGCUUUUAAGAGUUAAUAUUGUAUAUACUAAAGUAAUGGUUGUUUCCAAAAUGUAAAUUAAUCCUAAAAUACAAAUUAUGGUAGGCAAUAAGGCAAUUAAACAAGUGGAUUUUUUUCGGAAGUAACAUUAGCUAGGGUGGUUAAAAUGCACGGAAGAAUAGGGCAAGCAAAAACGGAAUUUUACAAUAUAAUAUACCUAUUGAAAAAUCACAUUAACUUCAAUUUGAGAACAAAGGGCUGCUAAAAACCUUUAUGUGGCAAAGGCAUCAGAAAGGGGUUGGGGUCCUUCGAGUGGUGUUAGAGGCGAUUGCUGAGAAUAAGUUAUAUUGACAGGAAAACAAAUGAGAAUGUACUAAGAAUAGCAAAAAACUUCAAGAGAGAUGCUUGAAAUACAUAGAAAAAGAAAGAUGAGAAAGGAUAUCAACGGAGAUAUUAAUUGGCAAAGUUGAUAAAAGGGGAGGGCCAGGGGAAGGCAAAGACUGGGAUGGAUGAAUGAAAUUAAAAUCUGGGUCCUCAGAGAGAUACCAAACCUUGGAGGAUUCGUAAAAACAGCCCGAGAACAUUUAAAGUGGGUGAAUGUGGUCGCCAACCCUCAGAUGUGGGCACGGUACUCUGAAUGAUGGAUGUUUUAUAUUCUAAACAUAAUUAUCUUGGAAUAACUAAAUGAUGUGUUCAUUUGUAUGUGCAAUAAACAAUAAAAUAUAAAAAUAGUCAA